AUGGCAGAAAUGAGAGAAUCAAGUCUCUACGGAGACUUGGACGCCUCCGUCCCGGAAAUCAGACUUUUCACCCUUCUUCCUUCUCCCCAGCCCAACGCACCUCUCGUGGGGCAACUCCAGGUCGUGUCCCUGCAUUCCACUCCGCCGUACGAAAGCUUGUCUUACGCCUGGGGUGCACCAGAGUUUUCCGAACCCAUCAUCAUCAAUGAGCAGACCCUGUUCGUGACGCCCAAUCUGGAUUCAGCCCUGCGUGCCCUGCGCCAUGAAGAAAAAGUCCGACUUCUCUGGAUUGAUGCCAUCUGCAUCAAUCAGAGGUCGCCGCAGGAGCGGGGUCACCAGGUGACGCUGAUGCGAACCAUCUAUUCAGAGUGUGAGCGCGACUUGCUGUGGCUCGGACCGAACACGCAUGUCGAGCAAGCCCAUUACAUGAACCUAAGUGAGGAUCUUCUCGGAGAGGGAAUGCAGUUGAUGAGGGGCAUCGCGGACAAAGACAUCUCGGUGUUGGGGGUGAUGGGCCACAAAUGGGCUGCUUAUAAGAAGAACCAAAUAGAGAGGUUUUUGCAUAUUUUGAAGAGACAACAGAGCGAAAAGGAUGCGUCUGAUGCUGAACUGGCCGCUAAGAUAAAACAGAGGGAGGCAGAAUUAUCAGGCACCGCAAAUGACUCAGCUUGGCUCCUAUCAUACGACGAGCAAACGGCCCUCGAAAGAGUUCUGACUUUCCCCACGGUUUGGAACCGAUUGUGGGUGAUGCAGGAACUGUCGUUGGCUCCGAAUAUUCAGCUUGUUGGAGGCAGAUAUACGCUCGAUUGGGAUGUCAUUUCCGGAUUCUUGGGCGAUACACCGUAUGCAGAUGCCUUUCACGGGACAUACUCUCACAAUACCGUUCAGCCUUGUGUGGGGAGAAUAUUCGAGAUCGUACAAAAGAUUGACCAUCAACGUCGGAUCAUGAAGGAAGUCACUGCUGGGCGCCGCGAGUCCAAACUGAUGGAUGUUCUUGCGCGGUUUCGGGAUACAGAAUCAAGCGACCCACGAGACAAGAUAUAUGGUCUAUUGGGCCUAGUCUCAGACAACAUCAACAUUGAGAUCAGUUACGAGCUGACCCCUCAGCAAGUAUUCGCCAGUGUUACCGCUGCUAUCAUCAAUGAGUCAGGGAAUCUCGAUAUCAUCUGCCAACGGCCUUGGACGUCUAACACUGAGUUUAUAUCCUUUAUAGAUGGCCAAGAAAGCUCAACAGGGAAAGAUAAACUCCCAUCUUGGGCUGCUGAUUUCUCUCAAGGUGGUCAAGUUCACCUUUUUGCUCAGAGGUCAAUCUUCCAAGCAGGCAGGCCGUCUUGCAAGGUACCGUGCCAGGUGAUGAAUGGGAGCGUCCUGCACACAAAAGGGACAGUGUUGGGUCGAAUUGGUCCAAUUCUGCAGCAAAAUUCUGUCGAAUCGCCGCAACAGGGUGCGGAUUCUACUUGGAUACCACUUAAAUGGCUUAAGCUUUACCUGGGAUACGAUGUAUUGUCCGCCUCCGAGUCGGAUCAUUCAUAUGUGACAGUCGAACCGGCUUUCACGGCCUUUUGGCGGACAUUGAUAGUGGACUGCGCAGCAUAUCCCAUGACUCGACUUACAAAGAGUCAGGUGGAAGAAGAAGACUCAGCGAUACGAGCAAGAUGGCUACAGAAACUGAACGACUCAACUGACUCCGAGGCAAUACCCAGUCACGAUGACGAGCCAUUCGUUAAUCCUGAGCUUCACACAAUGUGGAGACACAUCACCUCUGACUGGGUGUUUUCAACUACAACAAACGGCCUGUAUGUGUUGAUAACGCAGCCGACGAAGGAGGGGGAUAUCAUCGCCUGCUUGGAUGGCGGGAAGGUUCCCGUCGUCCUCAGGCCACUGGAGGACGCUUCCAGUGGCGAAGAAAAUAGAUACCAAUUCAUCAACGUCGCAUACGUACAUGGACUGAUGAAUUUUGGGACCAAGGACUCAACGAUUCUCCGCGAAAAACUUGGCCUAGAAGAUCAGGAGUUUUGGCUUGUGUAG